AUGGCGCUCGGCAAGGUCGCGGUGGCCGCCUUGGCGGUGUCUCUCCUCCUGCUCAGCACCAUCAAGGCUGCCGACUACCCUCCCGCGGCCGCUCCUUCUCUCGGGCCCCCUCCCCACAAGAUCGUCGACCCCAUCAAAGACUGCGGCGACGCGUGCGACAUCAGGUGCAGCGCCAACUCGCGCAAGAACAUGUGCAGCCGGGCCUGCCUCAAGUGCUGCAGCGUCUGCCGCUGCGUGCCGGCGGGCACCGCCGGCAACAAGGAGACCUGCGGCAAGUGCUACACCGACUGGACCACGCACGGCAACAGGACCAAGUGCCCGUGAUUGAACCUACCUCGAUGGCCGGCAUGCGUGUUCCUAAAUCCCUUACCGAAAGCCCCUCCUGCUUGUUCCAUGUGUUUGCUUGAUCGAUCGGCAUCGGCCUACCUAUCUUAGCUAGCUAGCUUGUUCAUGGCUUUCCUCUGGUUGCACGUUUGGGGUGUUUUAUUCUGUAAAAAUGAGUGCCUGUAGCUGAGUGAGUAUUAUUCUUCUCUUGUAAACCCGUGUGG